CAGGAAGAGGUACUGCUGAUCAGGCUACUGGUUGUGGUCGUAGCCGUGAUCAGGGUAGAGAGAGGGUUUCUUUCGGUACUCCCGAGACUUCCGGAUCCUCUCUAUCUACUCCGACCACCCUGGUCAUGCCACACGUUACAGGUUUAGUAGACCAUCUGUUCAUCAUGGUACCCAACCCCAACUACGUGCCUCUGUCCACGGCGACGACACCGCCUCCAAUCGCUCAGCAGCCCACAUCCACGGCGACGCCGACUCUAGUGGCGGAUGCCACGGCUCGGAAUCUAGCCAUGGAAGUGAGGCAAUAGAUGAUGCCCCUCUACCACCUCCCAUCAUACGGUUGCGCAUUUGGCCUGAUGGCGGCACGAGGUUUUUGACGAACCCAAACACAUGUAUUUAGGAAAUGACGAAUGUCAUCAAGCUAAUACACGACCAGCCUUGGUCCAGCUACACGAGAUCUCCGCUGAGACCGGGAAGGGUUGGUUUGAGAAAUAGGCGGUAAUUACUUUCAUUGUUUCUAUUUCAAACCUUUUUAGUUGGUUUAUAUCCUCUAUCUGCUUAACUAAAUUUAAAGCUUCUUUGUUGCAACUGCACUUCAUUUGGGAUACUGAGUACGACUUGGCCAUCCGAAAUAUAUUCGACCAUAGAAUGGGUCGCAGCUCCAACAGAUGCUGGGUGAUGUUCGUCAUGGGCGGGACCAGCGAACAGGAUGGCUCUGACCGGAGAUAAAGAAGGGAAUGUUAGCUCAUUGGGAGACCAAUGCGGGGUUCAUGGAUCAGCGUGAGCUAAUAGGGUAUCAGCCAAGUCGUCCAAGUACACUGGCGGCUCGGUGACCUUCAUGAAGACUAAGGUCAGGCUGUCGAAGUCGUUGGACCGCGAAGCCACAUUGGCGGAGACAUUCAAGUACACCCACACGCUGAAAGAGAACAAAGUGAGAUUUGUUUAUCAACAGUCUCAGAACCAUUAUAAAUCCUACACAGAGAGACUGGAGGCCACAACUCAACGGUCUCAGCAAAGCCGAUGGCUCUGCGGCUUUAGUCGUCGACCUCGAUGCGGUUUGGCGCAAGACCGCCUCAGUCCUAUACAAGAACCGUGUAUAUGGGAUGGAGUCAUUCUUUGCCAGCAGCCUCCCACCUCGACAUUGAGGCCGUCAUCAGGCUCUGCCACCAGUCAAGCCAUCCAACUCGAGGAAGGCGUGGAUUUAAGGCUGCAAGUGCAGGAGCUUCAGCGCAGUCUUCAUUAGCAGGCUCAGGAGUUUAACAAUUGUCGGGAGAGGUAUCAGGAGAUCCUCACUCACGUGACGUCUAUGGAUGAGCUCAGACUGGGGUUUAGGCCUUAGGGAGUCGCUGGAGCGGAUGCAGCGUAUGGAGGCUCAGAUAGAGGUGUACCAGGACCAGAUGUGCACCACUAGCAUCGACCUUGGUGGUGGCAGCGGUCCUGCUGGUAGCACACGGACAUCGUCGCUGCCUUCUGCGCUGCCGACUCAGGGCCACGGGACUGACAACGACUACCUGGAUCUGUAGAUAUUAAUUUUUUGUUUUAUUGUAUUUAUUUGAUGUA